CUUUUUUUGGCGGGGGUAAUAAUCAGUUAGUCAUGUCUGGUCGCGGUAAAGGUGGCAAGGGACUUGGAAAAGGGGGCGCUAAGCGUCAUCGGAAGGUCCUUCGCGAUAACAUCCAAGGUAUUACCAAACCGGCUAUCCGUCGUUUGGCUCGUCGUGGCGGUGUCAAGCGUAUUUCUGGGUUGAUCUACGAAGAGACCCGUGGCGUGUUGAAGGUGUUUUUGGAGAACGUCAUCCGCGAUGCUGUCACUUACACGGAGCACGCUAAGCGUAAAACGGUUACAGCCAUGGAUGUGGUGUAUGCUCUGAAACGCCAGGGCCGCACUCUGUACGGGUUUGGUGGUUAGACUUUUUCUUUUCACAUCUGAUUAACAACGGCUCUUCUCAGAGCCACCCACGUUUUCACAGUAAGAGCUGUGUCUGAGCUCGGGAAGGAAGACGUUGCAGAGGGGAAAAUACUUCGUAGUAGAAAUUCUGGUCUAAGCAACAAGUUUGUCACUCUACUGUACAGAUACAUCUCUAUUUCAGUGCUGAUUUAUGUAGAGCUGCGGGGUUGAAGCAUGAAGGUCUGAAAAUGGCAAGUAAAACUGCUAAAAGAAACACGCACUAAACUCUAAC